CUCCAGCCCUAGAAAACUACUUCAACAUUUCUCUGUUUCAUUCAUUUUGCACCAACUAAAAAACAAAAACAUAAAACAACUGGAAAGAAAAAAGUACAGAACAUAAAGUAGUUUUGUUUCAUUCGGUGGUGAAAGAACAGAGACAAGGGAGAGCUAAAGGACUAGUUGCUUGAUCUGUACGUCUCUUUUGCUUUCUUCUCUUCCAUUUUGUGGAUUUCAUUUGCUUUGUUUUCUUUUAUAUAAUACGAUCUGAGACAAGAAAAAAGAAGAGAGAAAUAUAAAAAAGUGUGUGGAGAGAUAUAAAUUGAGAGGAGUAAAUUGGGAAUGGUGCGGACAUUAGGACGUAAACUAAGCUGGCCAAGAUCUUUUAGUUUUAGAAAGAUGUUCGAUGGUCGGAACUCUGGACAUUCAUCUUUCUCUUCUCGUGGGGAUGGCAUGCAUACACCCGAGCACGAACUCGCCGGACAUGCUGCACCAUCCACUCGUAGAGGCAAGCAAAAUAGGAGAUCAGACAUGGAAGUGAUGAAGGAAAGAUUCGCAAAACUGCUUCUUGGAGAGGACAUGUCAGGCGGUGGGACAGGGGAGACCUCUGCGUUAGCUUUGUCAAACGCCAUCACCAAACUCGCUGAUUCGAUGUUUGGAGAGCAGAUGAAAUUGCAGCCUAUGUAUCCGGAGACAAAAGAGAAUUGGAGGAAAGAAAUGGGUUGGUUAUUAUCUGUGAUUGAUCACAUUGUCCAGUUUGUUCCUUCUAGACAAAUGGGUAAAAAUGGCCAAUUCACUGAGAUCAUGGUUACAAAACAAAGAGAUGAUUUGCUGACGAACAUUCCAGCUUUACGCAAACUUGACUCGGUUCUUCUCGAAACUUUGGACAACUUCAAGGAUCAGAAAGACUUUUGGUAUGUGCCAAGAGAUAUGGAGGAUGCAGAUCACAAUGGAGAUUGGAGGAGGGAUGAGAACUGGUGGUUACCAGUUGUUAAGGUUCCAACAGAUGGCUUGUCUGAGGAAUCACGUAGAUGGUUGCAGAAUCAGAAAGAUUCUGUGGCUCAAGUCCUUAAAGCCGCCACGGCCAUCAAUGCUCAUGUAUUGUCUGAAAUGCACGUUCCUGAAAACUACAUUGAUUCCCUUCCAAAGAAUGGGAAGACAAGCUUGGGAGAUUUUCUUUACAAGAGCAUAACAGAGGAGAGCUUUGAUCCUGACUACUUUGUCUCUUUCUUGGAUUUGUCAACGGAACACAAAGUACUUGAUCUAAAGAACAGGAUUGAAGCUUCCAUGGUGAUCUGGAAGAGGAAGAUGUGCCAGAAAGAGAAAGACGGGAAAUCUCAGUGGGGAUCCACUGUUAGCUUAGAGAAGAGGGAGCUUUUCGAAGUCCGAGCUGAGACCAUUUUGGUUAUGCUCAAACAACAAUUUCCUGGGAUCCCACAAUCCUCCCUUGAAGUCUCCAAGAUUAAAAACAACAAGGUAACAUAACAUAACAAAGACUAAACAAACAUCAACAAAAAUGUAGUGAGACUGAGUAAGAGUUUGUUGUGAUUUGAUCUUACAGGAUGUUGGACAGGCGAUUUUGGAGAGCUAUUCAAGGGUACUAGAGAGUCUUGCUUCAAAGAUAAUGUCAAGAAUAGAGGAUGUUCUUGAAGCCGAUCGGCUAGUUCAAAGACAGUUGAUGGGAGAGGCAGAGACAAGAUCAGAAAGCGAGGCAGAAUCAGAAUACGAGGAAACUGAAAAGGUGGUUGCAGCGGAAACACCAAACUCGAGGAAACUAUCAGACUUCAUAGGGUGGAGAUUGUCAUCUGAUACUAAGAAGCAUAGUUCAAUGAGUGAUAUAGAAUUCUUCCACAAAGUUGAGCAGGAGAAGGAGAAGCCCAUGAUGAAGUCUCCAAGAGCUCUACCGAAGAAAUUUUCAUAUCUAGCAAAGUUAGAGAACAUGAGAAGCCCUAGUGACAGACACUGAUAGUGAAAAGAGAAGGUAAUAGAACAGGGCAUAGAAGAAGAAAAACACAAAGAGAGUGAGAGAGAGAGAAUAGAAGAAGGUUAAAGUGUGUGAGAAUGUACAUAUAUAACAAUGCAGGCAUUGGUUUUAGGAUUUGGACAUGAGACUUGGUGUUUGAUCAUGAUUGUUGCUUGUUUUGACUAUUGCUUCCUGUUGUUUUUUCUAAGAAGGAAGUGUGAUUCAGUGUGUAACAAUAUUUUGGUAUUUUUGUUCUUUGGUGUUUUGUAUUGUAACGUCUAAUCUACAACAUUGUUUCCUAAUGGAUUUUGAAGCUCAUUGAUAAUGACUAGUAGUGUAGUAGUAUUGUAAUGAAACAUUAUUUGAUGACGACAUGUAA